AUGGCCUGUAGAAGGUGAGGGAAUAAAACUAUUGAACUAAAAUUUUUUGUUAGGAUCGACUAAUAGAUAUAAAAAAUUGAAAAAUUUGGAAUGACAUUGCUAAAAAGAAAUCAAAAAAAGAAAUGAAAACUACUAAAUUCAUUAAAAAUUAAAAUGAUUAAAAUGACGCAUGCGAAAUGUCAUGAGUUUAACGGAUGCGAUGCGGUUUUUUUGAUUCCGAAAAAAAUAAUAUGAAAGUCAAUUUCUAUAUAGUUGUGAUAACGGUGACGCGACCUCGACGCUUACCCAUUCCACGUGCGACCAGGCCUUCAUUCUAGUUUUUUUCAGAACUUGUCAUAGCGUGUUUAAUUAUGUAGAGAACUGUAAACAUUUUAUUAGAUGAGAAUAUCAUUUCUUAGAAAGCAAAAACGUUCUUCCCUAAAUUUCUUUCUUUUUGAUAAUUUUUUUGCUGGUCCGAAAGGUGAUAACUUAUUGGGUUUGUGAAAGUUUCAAAAUAUAUAUAAUCAAAAACCGAAUAAUCAAUUUCAAAAUGAUGAAGGAGACAUCGAACUACUACUCACCGACCGCGUCAUCCGUCAUCGCACCAUGACGACGACAGCCGUGACGGACGUGUUAAACCUGGACAUGGUAGACCUGGACGUGAUAGGUCAGAACGUGACGAAAGAGAUGCAAGAAAUGGAAGAAACGGAAGAAACGGAAGAGAUGGAAAAGACGGGAAGAAUGGAGGUCCCAAUGUCAGAGUCGAAUUCAAACUCAUUUUGAAAAAAGGCGCUAAAGAAAACCGUACCGCAGACUAAACAGUGAAUUCAGGACAUUUAUUUUCUGGAUAUGAAUAAAGUGAACUUAUUGGUGUUUUUUUUUUUUUGAUUUUUUACAGGGAAAUAACGGAAAAGUUUAGUUCAUUGUAGUUGAUCAAGUUGCAAGCAUGUCCUUACGGUCGUUCGCCUCGUUCUUCUGCGCGCAGCUCAUUCAGUUGCUUCUUGACUAGCAGAAAGUAACGGAUGUUGUAGCUGGAGCCCGGAGAGCGUCAUUUAAGUGGAAGUCUCAAAAUGAGAGAAUCGCAGAUUUGAGAAAACAUACUAGAACGUGUUUGAAAAGAAUGAAUUCGAAUUUCUAACAUUUUUUUCACAAGCUUCAAAAGAAGGAGACCAACCGUUUUCUACACGGACCCUGGUGAAGUGAAAGUUUUUUUUUAAUGGACGUGAAGAAAUUUAAUUAAUCACUGCUGACUUGAGACGACGUUUAAAAAACGCCUUAUCUUCAAAUCUCAUUUGGGAGCCCAGUUGAAUCGCCUCGAAUUGAAACAAAUGAUUUUUGCAUCCGACUUGGUCGAAAGCGAGGGGUUCUAAGAGUGUUAUAUUAACCGUUGGUUUGAAAGUUUUUGAAAAGGUUCUUGACACGACUAGCGAAACAGUGAGUGAAUAAAAAUACUCUGUUCGACGGUUCUCUUCCUUUUUCUUGUAUUGUGAAUGAAGUGAAGUAUAGAGAUUUAGCAAGUCACAGAUCAUGUGACAAAAUGAAAGUGAACCUAAUAAUGCCGUGUAAAGAUCUAUUGGAAUUCACUCCUCCAGUGCAAGUUAGAAGUUCCAAGUUUAUUCAGUCCUUAGAGAAGAUCCUCUGUUGAGAAAUUCACUAAGCUAGGAUUGACCAAGAUUGGAUCGUAGAUAAUCUUGUCCUUCUUCCCAUAGUAAUGAUAGGAAGUUGGUCGCUCCGAUGAUCACUGCUUCCUCAGUUGGUCUCUGUGGCGGAUUGAGUUGAAAUUUCAAUGACUUUCAAUAAGUUCAUCCUCCUCUGAACCGUUUAUCCCAGAUGCGUAAGUCGUUCAGAGUCGGGCAUAUGAAAGAUGUGACCUGUGGAUCCAUUUCAUCCAAAAAGUUUUUAAAAAAGUUCAUUGGCCGUGAAAAAAGUCUGAUGACCUUUUUUCAAGUGAUUCGGUUUUCAUUUUGUGCUCUCUGCAUUUCGGGGUAAUUCAAUUGUUUUUUAUCUGCGAUUUUGAACUCACCAUUUUCCGACAGAAGGUAUACAUCUGGAACUGCUACGAUUUUUCGUCUUAAUAAUUUUUGAAACAAAUGCUCGUUUCGUCUAGAAGGCUGUUGGCAAGAAAAAAAAAGUGUAAAAAAAAUCCAUUGGCCGUAAAAAUGAUAGGGAAACUUUUGGAAGACUUUUUUAUGUUGAAACAUCUUGUGAGAAGGCCGGAAUCGUUUUUUCAAAGGCGUUUUCGGCAUGAGAACUCUUCUUCUGCUCGCCUUUCUUGUUUCCUUCACUGUUUUCUCCACGAACGGGUUGGUUUUUGUUUCCAGUUCCAGAAAAGGAACUUUUAUUGAAGAUACUUUGAGCAUAAUCUUGAAUCUUUAUUUUUUAAAUGCGAACGGUCGCCAUGGUGCUCGUUAGGGUACCAUAUGACCUUUUUAGCUUUGUUGUCUGUUCAACGUUAUAUCAUUUCCUUCCUAUCUGUAACCUAAUUAUUUGCUUUGUUCUGAUAAUAAAGAAAUAAACAAAAUAAGGGUAGAACUAUCUUAAAAUUUUUUCCAAAUUUUUUUUCUCUGCGAAAAGUUUGUAUAAUUUUACUUCCUGGUACAUUCUGGCCUUGUUCAAUGGCCGUUAAAACUUUCUACAAGGAAACUUUUCAAUCAGACGGGCAUCUCGUGAGAGUGACGACGAAAGUCGACACGAUAGAAGUUCGGAUCGAAAGUCUUCUGAAGAUACUGAAGAGAAAAGCGAUGAAAAAAGCGAUGAGAAAUCCGCAGAGGACCGCCGACAUUAUGAGAGAGGUUUCCGAAGAGGCGUCUUCUUGAGUUUGUUCGUGUAGUUGUAAUGGUUGAUCAUUUUUCAAUAUGCUUUGAGGAAAAUGGAACUGAAGUUUAUACAAAACUUCAUAGUUUUUUAACGGAUAUACACUUACUAUUAACUACAGCAAUUCACUGAGACUUUGAAAAAAAAAAACGAAAAGCUAGGCCUAAAUUGCUAUCCGUUAUUUUUUUUUCGAGAAACUGCGGCGGUGGAGGGUGCUACGACGAGAGCGAGUUUUCCUUUUCCGAUAGGUACUGUAUGUGAAAGUCCGUAAUUGACGUGUGUACUUUGAGUGUUUGAACAUUCGGAGUGGUCCCAUUUCCGCGUUUUUCCAUAUUCAUUUUAAAACUUUGAUUUUUUGUUUUGUAUCAAGUCAGAAUGAAUGAUUGAUGAUGCAACCGUUCCCUUUAGUUGCAAUCCAUUCCAAUUAAAUUGAGAACAAAACUACAAAGGGAAAACGCGGAGAUGGGGCCACACAGAAUGUGCCAAUACGCAUAGUGCACACACCAAAUGCGGACUCUCGCAUACAGUACUCUCCGGGAAAGGAAAAUAUGAAGCACCCAGUGGAGCUCUCGUUCUAGCGCACUUGACUUUACCGAAAGUUUCUCACAGCAUCCGAAAACUUUUCUCGUGCUUUUUUCUAUUCUUACUAGAGAAUGCUUCCAGAGAGCCGUGACAGAGAUGAUUCUCGAAGCAGCAGCCGAGAGCAUUAUAGAUACAAAGCUGAGGAAGUAACCACCACCGAAAGGCCGACUACAACGACGACCACGCCUUUGCCAACAACAACGACGACCACGCCUUCGCCGACUACAACGACGACCACGGCCAGGUCUGUGCCCACAACCUCCGCCACUUGGUCCUUGACGACGCCUGCCGACAAUGAGCGUCCAAUCAUAAUCCUCCUUCCACGACACCGACAUCAUGUCAAUGGCACGUCUCCGCCUAUAGAAAUCGAGCAGACGGAUACGAUCGUCGACAGAUCCAACUACGAUCUGAACGAGACGGUUAGCUCUCUCGCCGUCGCGGAAACCGCCGCCGGAAAGGCCGCCAACAAAACCAAGAUUUCUGUCGCCGCCAACUCCCACAAGAUGGCCCACAACAACACUGAGCACAUAUACACACGGCACCGGAUCAUCAGAAAACCCAAAGGGUAA